AUGGGUCUGGCACAGGCAAAGACUCGCCGCAAGAUCGGCAAGGAUCCCAACAACACGAAAUGGACCAAGGAUGCGGAUUCCUUCGGCCAGAAGAUCCUGCGAUCCCAGGGCUGGGAGCCUGGGCAGUACCUCGGUGCGAAAGGCGCUGCUCACGCAGUGCACCAUACUGCCGCCAAUGCCUCAUUCAUUCGUGUCGCCCUGAAGGAUGACAUGCUCGGUCUAGGCUUCAAACAGGCGAGGGAUGACAGGGUCACGGGCAUGGACGUCUUUUCUGACCUCCUGGGACGAUUGAACGGCAAAUCGAGCGAGUCCAUCGAGAAAGAGCGCCAGGCCCGUGCAACGCUUCAGGGCACGCUCUACUGCGACACAAAAUUUGGACCCAUGCGGUUCGUUAGGGGAGGAUGGCUUGUCGGCGACCAAGUCAAGGAUGAGCCCACCGCCGAGCCCAAGGAGGAAGAUAAGGACGACAUCAAAAUGGAAGACGUACCCACUGUCAGCGAAUCGUCGGAUGGGAAAUCAAAGAAGCGCAAAGCUGAAGAGUCGAGCGAAGAUGAGUCUUCAUCCGAGGACGAGAAGGCCAAGAAGAAACGGAGAAAGGAGGAGAAGAAGGCAGCCAAAAAGCUAAAGGCUGAGGCUGAGGGUGACGAUGAGACUUUGAUAAGCGAAAAGAAGGACAAGAAGCGGAAAUCAAGGUCCUCAAAAGAAGAUGCUUCCGAAGAUACCCAGGACGAGACGGAGAAGAGGUCCAAGAAAAACAAGAGGGGAAAGGAGAAAAAGAAGGAAAAGAAGGAGGCUGGCAGCGACGAGGAGGAAUCGUCCGAUGACAUGACCACCAAGAAGAAGCGCAAAGGCGAGACCGAUGCCGAGAAGGCUGCGAGGAAAGAGGAGAAAAGGCGUCGCAAGGAGGAAAAGCGUGCCAAGAAGGAGGCAUCGCGGGAAUCUACAUCGACCCCCACCACAUCAACACCGACCGCCAGCGGUACCUCAACACCAGUGCUCAGAGGCCAUCAUGCAGUGAGAUCGCGGUGGAUUGCGCAGAAGAGAAUGGCGACCAUGGACGACAAGGCAUUGAACGCGAUCUUCAUGGUGAAGUCGCAAUCCUGA